AGGCGGACAUCCACAGUGAACAUGUGGUUCAAUUCCAAGCAGUCCCGAGUACUACAAGUGUAAUUCAGUUAAAAUGUAUCUGAGCCAGGACGAAUUCGCCGGGCCACAGCCCUAUGCGAGUUAUCUGAACGACAGCUCCGGCGAUGCAGCUGGCGCCGUUUUACCUUUGGGCCACGAUUAUCCGGCGGAAUAUCAGCACAUGGUGCACGCUCAUUGGCGUGGCUUUCGUGCGCCCCCGAUCUACUAUCGUGCUGGCAUCUACAUAGCGUUCUGUGUGCUCAUGUCUCUCAAUCUCUUUGGCAAUGGUUUGGUCAUCUGGAUAUUCUCAACCUCGAAAUCUCUGCGUACACCCUCCAAUUUGUUAAUCCUGAAUCUGGCCGUCUUCGAUCUGUUCAUGUGCACCAACAUGCCGCAUUACCUACUCAAUGCUGCACUGGGCUACAUAGCUGGCGGGGAUUUGGGCUGUGAGAUCUAUGCACUGAAUGGCGGCAUCUCGGGCAUGGGUGCCUCAAUUACGAAUGCUUUUAUAGCCUUCGAUCGCUAUAAGACCAUAUCGAAUCCAAUUGAUGGACGCUUGAGCUAUGGCCAGAUUAUAAUGUGCAUUAUCUUCACCUGGAUGUGGGCAACGCCAUUUUCGGUGCUGCCUCUCUUUCAGAUCUGGGGUCGCUAUCUGCCAGAGGGCUUCCUGACUACGUGCAGCUUCGAUUACCUGACCAAUACGGAUGAGAAUCGCCUGUUUGUGCGCACCAUAUUCGUGUGGUCGUACGCCAUACCGAUGACCAUGAUACUCGUCUCCUACUACAAGCUCUUUACCCAUGUGCGCACCCACGAGCGCAUGCUGGCCGACCAGGCCAAGAAGAUGAACGUGAAAUCUCUGUCAGCGAAUGCCAGCAACGAUUCCAUGAGCGUGGAGCUAAGGAUUGCCAAGGCAGCUCUUAUUAUCUAUAUGCUCUUCGUGCUGGCCUGGACGCCCUACUCGGUGGUGGCCUUAAUUGGCUGCUUUGGCGAGCAGCAGCUGAUAACUCCGUUUAUAUCAAUGCUGCCCAUGUUGGCCUGCAAGUCGGUCUCAUGCCUCGAUCCAUGGGUCUAUGCUACGAGCCAUCCCAAGUAUCGCCUGGAACUGGAGCGCCGUCUGCCCUGGCUGGGCAUACGCGAAAAGCAUGCCAGCUCUGGCACAGCAGGUGCGCAGGAGAGUGUGGCCAGUGUCAGCGGCGAUACGUUGGCAAUGAGCGUGCAGAACUAAACGGACAUAGAACACUUAUAUAACACAUACCUAGGUAUAGAUAGUCAAGCAAUGAACUACUAAGAGUUCCAAAAAUACAAAACCAAAAAAAGUUGGCAUUCAAAAAGAGUC